AUGUUGGGCUGCCCUUUGCUCAGGCGACUGGUCCUUGAUAAUUGUUGUGAGUUGAGAAACGUUAGGGUGAGCGAGGCGGCAUCGCCUGGGCUCAAGCACUUUGAAUUGUAUGCUUACAAUUGGGUCGAAGGGCGUAGCAUCGAAAUUGAUGUUCCAAAUCUCGAGACAGUCUAUGUCAGGGGCGCAUGGAUUUGGUCUCACCGCCAAAGCACAUUCUUGUUCUCUCGUCUCACGAGUUUGAGUCUCUAUAGUGUGAUCCUGUCGAGCGAGUCGUUCGACCUGUUAUCGUUCGGCUGCCCGACCCUUGAGAGCUUGACCCUAGGGGAUUGCUCCGGUUUCGAGGAAUUCUAUCUUGCAAGUGAUUCGGUCGAGUCCUUGCACAUCUCGACAAGAAAUAUACCGCUUAAAGGAGUUACGAUUUGUUCCCCCAACAAUCUCGAUUUUAUGUUCACUGCCCGCAUUCCCCAGUUGCCGGACACAUUCUCUUUCACGACCACUAAUUCCAAGGAGUGGUAUUCAAAUGUAUUCCUCUCUUCGUGCGAGGAUGAUCCCGAUUUCAAUGUCAAUUUGUGGUUCCUUGAGCUGAGACGAUUGCUCAAGGCACUAAGUGGGUCUCGGAUUUCUCUGUCUUUGCAGAUGGACGGCGGCCCUCAGGACGUGCCCUGUAGUGAUGUUCUAGCUGACGAGCCGCCUGUAGUGGUGUGGAGUUUGAAUUUUUCUACUCGUAAAUGUCGCACGGCGUCUUGGAACUUGGGUUUUACGAAUGGCUUGUUUCGUGUUUGUCGACCGAGUCUCGUAUGGGGUGGUAGGCUCGUGAGCGAGUCGGGCAGGAAGUACAGGCUCUCAGAGUUUCAGUUAAACAUGUUGCUUGCAAACAAGAACUUCAGGACCGAGCCCUACUUUUGGGGGAACGAUUUGGAGCAAGUUCACGUGGAUGGGCAGCUCGUGCAGUGGACAGACCAGUCGGAAUUGCGGAACAAGACGUAUGACGGGGAAAUAUGGCUUGACUUGAAAUGGAGAUGUUAG